AUGGAGAAGACUGGCUUAUUGGUGUCUUUUGUGGUAACAGCUUUGUUCGUUUAUUCAUGCUCAUGCAUGGCACGGGUGGCUGCAUCUUCGCCAAACGUCACUGAUCAGAAGUCUGUCUUGUUGGCCUUCAAAGCUCGCAUGACCCUUGAUUCUGAUAAUAUCUUGGCCAACAAUUGGAUUUCAGAGUCUUCCUUCUGCAAUUGGAUUGGAGUCUCGUGUGACAAUUUUGGUCGACGAAUCACUGUCUUGAAUCUUUCCUCUAUGGGCAUCGUGGGCACCAUCGAGCCCCAGCUGAGCAACCUCUCAUUCCUCACAGUGCUUGACCUCAGCAACAACAAUUUCCAGGGCCACCUACCCUACGAGCUUGGCCAUUUACACCGUCUGAAGGUACUAAACCUGGGACAGAAUCAGUUGGAAGGAGUUAUUCCGGCUAGCUUGUCGGAAUGCCGGGAACUUGAAGCCUUGUCACUGUCAAACAACAAGCUCAGUGGAGUUGUGCCUACAGAGCUUGGAACCCUAACUAAGCUCCGUCUAUUAUCUCUUGCAGGUAAUAUUCUCACUGGCACUAUCCCACCUUCCAUUGGCAACCUAUCGUUUCUUGAGACCUUUGACUUAUCAUCCAAUAACCUGGAAGGAAGUAUUCCCAACGAGCUCGGUAAUCUACUCAGCUUGAAGGAAUUAAUCUUUUUUGAAAACCAUUUGACGGGCUCCAUUCCUUCUUCCAUAUUUGAUAUCUCAUCUCUAAAAGGCAUUUGGCUCGCAAACAAUAGCAUAUCCGGUAGCCUCCCAAUGGAUAUCGGGCGUCUCCUUCCUAACCUUGUAUACCUUGAUCUUGGAGGCAAUCAACUCAGUGGUGGAAUUCCAUCUAGUGGAUGCCAAUGUUCAAAGCUGAGAUAUCUGUCAUUGUCUAAGAACAAAUUUACAGGAGCCUUGCCUGAAGAAAUUGGGAACUUGUCUAGCCUCGAGGGGUUGUAUCUCCGCUAUAAUUCUUUCACGGGUAUGAUUCCUCCAUCUGUGGGUAACCUUUCAAACCUGCUGGUACUUGAAUUGGAACACAAUAACAUGAUGGGCGUCAUUCCUGAAGAAGUGGGUCGUCUUCAAAAUUUGCAAAUCUUGAGUUUGAGCUUCAACAAUUUCAUGGGAUCAGUUUCAGAACAGAUUCUUAACAUAUCGAGUCUUCAAGUGAUUUCCUUCACUCAUAAUCUUCUCUCAGGGUAUGUUCCAACAACCCUUGGAUUAUUGGUUCCCAAUCUUAAAGAACUAUAUCUAGAUACUAAUAAUCUUAGUGGACCAAUACCCAAUUCUAUCUCAAAUGCUUCUCAGCUGCGUGCUGUAGACAUGGGUAAUAACUUCUUCACUGGUCCAGUACCUACUUCCCUGGGGAAUUUGCAAAAUCUCCGAAUUCUCAAUAUUGGGGAUAAUCAAUUAACUAACCAUGCAACUAGGAGUGGAGAAAUUACAUUUCUCACAACUCUAACAAGUUGUAGAAACUUGGAGUAUUUGAUUAUAGGGGAAAAUCAAUUGAAUGGCAUCUUACCAAAUUCAAUAGCGAACCUCUCCAAUUCUCUUCAAAUUUUCAUGGGAGAUAUGUGUCAGAUUAAGGGUGGCAUUCCUGAAGAAGUUGGAAACUUGAGCAAUUUAAUUACAUUUGAAUUUUUUGGCAAUGAAAUUGGUGAAACCAUUCCAUCAACAAUUGGAAGGUUAGGAAAGCUACAAAGGCUAGACCUAAGAUAUAACAGCAUACAAGGGUCCAUUCCAAAUGAUCUUUGUUCUCUGGUGCGAUUGGGGGAACUAAAUCUUGAGGGAAAUAAGCUCUCUGGGCAGAUACCGAAGUGCAUGGGAAAUCUUAGUGAUCUAUAUCGCCUCAACAUAGGCUUCAAUCUGUUAACUUCUGAAAUACCUUCAAGUCUAUGGGCUCUAAAAAGUCUAUUAGUUUUGAAUCUGACACAUAAUUCUUUGCAUGGAAAUCUGCCUCUGGAAUUGGGAAAUUUGAAUUCCCUAGAAGAACUGGACUUGUCUUGGAAUCAGUUGAUUGGUAGCAUUCCAUAUACCAUAGGCAACCUCCAAAGACUAAAUCAUUUGAGCUUAUCACGAAACCAGUUACAUGGCUCCAUUCCUCAACCCUUGGGCAAUUUAAUUAGUCUGGAAUCCAUGGAUCUCUCUUACAAUAGUCUAUCAGGCGAGAUUCCAACGUCUUUGGAGAAACUUCUGCUUCUCAAUUGUUUGAAUCUUUCAUAUAAUAGGCUCCAAGGAGAAAUUCCCAAUGGAGGACCAUUUGCAAACUUUACAGUGCAAUCUUUCUUGGGGAAUGAAGCACUGUGUGGUGUGUCAAAAGAUCAUCAAAUCCCAGCCUGUGCAAAGCCCAGAACAAAUUCUCAUCAACUUGAACAUGUUCUUUUAAUCGUUCUUGCAUUUGCCUUUAUCACAUUCCUUGUCUCCUGCUCUCUACUGGUGAAGUAUGGAAUGAAACAGGCACAUGCUCCAUUAGAGGUUGAUCCAUCAGCUCCAGCGACACAUAAAACAAUUACAUACAAAGAGAUUCUUCAAGCAACCACCAACUUCCAUGGUGCAAACAUACUUGAAGUAUACAAAGCAACGUUGACUGAUGGAAUGAUAGUUGCCGUGAAAGUCUUGAAUUUGCAGCUUGAAGGAACACUUGAGAGUUUUCGUGCAGAAUGUCGAGUACUGCUCAAUGUAAGACAUAGAAAUCUUGUCAAGCUAAUUACUACUUGUUCCAACUACAAUUUCAGAGCUCUGGUGAUGCAGUUUAUGCCAAAUGGGAGCCUUGAGAAAUGGUUAUAUUCUGACAAUCAUUCCUUGGAUCUCCUGCAAAGGAUAAACAUUAUGAGAGAUGUUGCCUUGGCAUUGGAAUAUCUACAUCACCACUAUUCAGAGCCAGUGGUGCAUUGUGAUCUGAAGCCAAGCAAUGUCCUCCUUGAUGAGGAGCUUGUGGCACAUGUGGGUGAUUUUGGUAUUGCAAAGAUAUUAGCUACAGACAAGAGUGCAGUACAAACCCAGACUCUUGGCAGUAUAGGAUACAUUGCUCCUGAGUACGGAUCAGAAGGAAAAGCAUCAACAAGCAGUGAUGUUUACAGCUAUGGGAUCAUGUUAAUGGAGAUAUUUACAAGAAAGAAGCCUACAGAUACCAUGUUUGCUGGAGAGUUGAGCCUAAAGCAAUGGGUGAAAGCUUCACUUCCUAAUGCAGUAAUGGACAUUGUGGAUACAGAUCUUCUUAACAGAAGCGAAAACGAUAUGAUGGUGAUACAACAUGGUCUUUCAUCCAUCAUGGAAUUAGCUCUGGACUGCUCUAGAGAGUCACCUGACCAGAGAAUUAACAUGAAACAGGUGGUUGUUAGACUCACUGAAAUCAAAACGCAGUUUGUUAACCAUGGAAAUGCUUGA